AUUAGGGUUUCUCCCAGACCUGUGGGCUUAUCUUGAUGCUCUCUAUCUCUGCCGCCGCCACGCAGUGACGCAGCCGCGAAUUAGAGAGCUGCCGGCGACGAGUGCCGCAAGAUGAGGCUUUUGACCCACAACAUGCUCUCCAGCAACGUCAAGGGCGUCGUCGAUGGCUUCCCGCUCCGCCUCGAGGCCGAAAAGUGGGUAGAAAAGGAGGUGGAGCUCAACGUCGACUUCCUCCGCCACAUCUUCCACAAGAUCGAGUGGAAGGCCCUCGCCGGCGCCGCUCGCGCGGUCGGUUACGGCGAGCUCCCGGACGAGGCCGACGCCGCGAUGCUGGACGCCGAGGAUUUCCUUCGCCGCUUCCACCACGCGCUGCUCGAGAUCCAUGUCGAGGAGGGCGCCCUCGUCUGCCCCGACACCGGCCGCCGAUUCCCCAUCAACAAGGGCAUCCCCAACAUGCUCCUCAACGAAGAUGAGAUAUGAUUCCAAGCUCAAGAUUACUUUUUUUGCCUUCGUUUCUUUGCGUACUUGCGAUUUAGGGGUGGUUUUCGUAGUUAAUAGAAAAAAAUCAAAAGUUAAUGGAGACAGAUUUCCAUGAAGCAUCCGUGAAACCAGUAGAACUGUUGGCUAUGCAAGUUUUGAUAUUGAAUUUUAGGAUCAUAAUAAUUCCUAAAAUUCUCCAAUCGUGUUGUUGUUUCUGUGUUAAACUUUUGAUCUUGUGCUAAAAAUCUAAGUAUAAAAGUAGAAGUUUCAUGAUAAAUUGCUUUCAACGAUGUUCAUCUUCACAAUAUGUUCAUUAACAAAGAUGAGGUAUGAUUCUAGGGCAGUUAAUCUCCUAGAUUGCUAUGAAGCAUUCCUGAAACUUGUAGAACUGUUCUUGGAAGUUUUGUUCUUGAAUUAAAGGAACAUGAUGUCAUUUGCUUAA